AUGCCUCCUAAGAAGAAUCACAAGACUGUUGGCCCAAAAAUCGUUGAAACACCGGCCCCGAAUGCACUUACAGACAAAGAUCCCAAUGCCAACACCGCCCCGAAAGCAGCUGCCUCWCCAAAAGAUAAAAAAUCCCCAAAGCAGAGCAAAUCCAGCAAGAAAGAUGAAUCCACUCCAACAACCGCGGCCUCACUCUCUUCAAUUCACCUAGAUGGCGAAGAGAACGAAGAAGUGCCCAUCUUCGCCACAGCAGACGAUGUCCGCAAACAAGUCAACGCUCACAUACCUUCGACCACUAAGGCCGCUUUCGCGCGGGAGCUCACCGAACUCCUCCCAACUUCCAAAGUCACAACUCUAGACGAUGAUGAUGAUAAUGAUGCGAAUCAAGACUUUUCCAUGCAAGACGACGAACCUUAUGAUCCUCUUUCGCCAGCUCCCAUGUCAAAGGGCAGUCCACCGCCAGCGUCCACGCCAGCGCCAGAGGAAUCUGCCGUCUCCAAGGUGCAUCCUCCAAAAGAUGAAACCGAAUCAACCAAAAUAUACGCGACAUGCGACGACAUCCGCAUUGCUAUCAACUCUCAUCUGAAGACGACGGGAACCAGUAAAGUGGCUUUCGCAAGUCAUCUCGAGAAGAUGCUCCCCAAAUCCAAGGUCCCGACUCACGCACUGUACCCGCUUCAUGGUUGUUGA